CAUGGAAUAGGUCUACAAAUACCCCAAGCCAUAGCAUCCUUCUUCUCAGGCCUCAACUUGUCAUCCUAGUUUUAGUCUCAUUCCCUUCCUCCCACUACAACCAAAAACAUUUUUCUCAUGGCAAACUUCCAUGGCUCGUUGCUCUUUUGUCUUGCUCUGUCAAUGAUGACAAUGGCCAGUGCAAAACAAUUCAAGGUUGGAGGUCCAAUGGGGUGGAGUGUACCCAGUCCUAACGCAAUGUCAUACAAGCAAUGGGCAGAAACAAAUCGGUUCCAAAUUGGAGAUUCACUACUGUUUGUCUACCCACCUGACCAAGACUCUGUGCUCCAAGUUGAUAAAGACGGCUAUGACACCUGCAACACAGCAACAUCUAUCCAAAAGUUUGACGACGGGAACACAGUGUUCACCCUCAACCGAUCCGGUGCAUUCUACUUCAUUAGCGGAAACGAAGCCAACUGCCUCAAGAACGAAUCUUUGGCGGUCGUCGUCUUGGCCGACCGGAGCAACCAAACCUCGAGGGGAAACCAACCGAGCUCGCCACCUUCUCCUUCUCCAGUCUCCUCAUUGUCUCCUCCUUCACCACCUCCUUCGAGCUCAACAGAAGUGACCCCCUCAUCAGCCCCAGCUGGAGAGGAGACCAGCACUCCACCUCCACCAAAUGGGGCUCCUUCCAAGGUGGUGGGCUUCAUGGGCUCGGUUGGAGCUUUCCUUGGGUGGGUCCUUUUUGUUUUUUAAGGUGCUGAGAAUGAGGGAGUGUGGUGUUUUGAGUUGUUGGAUUUGAGUUUGAAUUAAGGUGGGGCAUAAGCUUGAUGGAUCCAUAAGAACAAGUCUUAUUUUACUAUCAUUUUUUUAUUUCACAAUUCCUUUUCAUCUGUAAAAUAGUUGACUCGAUCCCUAGCUUGCAAGGCAAAGGGCGAAUAAGCUGGAGACUGUACGAUUGAAUUAUUUCUGGACUUUGGACAAAUAAUAAUGAAUAAAUGGAUGAAGGCUGUGAAGCUGAAUUGGUUGUCA